AUGGCCUGGCCACCUUCCUGUUGGCUGUGGGUUCUGGGGACUCUGGCAGGGCUCUCGGCUACCCCAGUCCCCAAGAGCUGCCCAGAGAAGCACUACUGGGCUCAGGAGAAGCUGUGCUGCCAGAUGUGUGAGCCAGGAACGUUCCUCAAGAAGCACUGCGACGGGCAGAGAAAGGCCGCUCAGUGUGAACCGUGUGUCCCAGGGAUCUCCUUCUCACCAGACCACAACACCCGGCCCCACUGCGAGAACUGCCGGCACUGUCACUCCGGUCAUCUCAUCCGAAACUGCACCCCCACCGCCAAUGCCGUGUGUACCUGCCCCACGGGCUGGGAGUGCACGGACAAGGAGUGUACCGAGUGCUAUCCUGCUAGAAACCCCACGCUGACCCCUCAUCUAUCACCGGCCCCAGGCCCACAACCCACCCACUUACCUUACACCCAAAAGUUGCUGGAGGCCAGGACAGCCAGGCACAUGCAGACUCCGGCUGACCUCAGGCUGCCUGCCCCAGCUCUCUCGACUCAACGGCCAGCCCAGAGGUUCCUGUGCAGCUCAGGAUGCAUCAGAAUCUUCGUGAUCCUGUCUGGAAUGUUUCUUGUUUUCACCGUGGUCGGAGCCCUGUUCCUCCAUCAACAAAGAAAAAAUGGACUAAACAAAGGAGAAAGUCCCGCAGCGCCUGCCGAGCCUUGUCCCUACAGCUGUCCCAGGGAGGAGGAAGGCGAAGCCAUCCCCGUCCAGGAGGAUUACAGAAAGCCUGAGCUUGCUUCCUACCUCUGA